AUGGAAGUCGCAGCAGAAGCAGAUAUCAAGGAACAGGUACAAGUUACGGUCAUUAGCGAAAUCGAAGUGGAAGAGCAAGCGUUCGCAUCAAGUAUUGUUAAAUUGGAAGUUGAUAACGAAGAUCUGCACCUGGGAGGAAAACUUCCGAAAGAGCUCACAGAAAAUACGGCACGCGCAAUCUCAAGCAAUGUCGGUCGUUCUGGAGUUCGAGGCGAUGUGAUAUAUUUGCAACACGGCAAAUAUAAAGGCAAGCCUGCAACACUCCUGGCAUUCAAGUUCCACUUCGCAUUUGAGCAGAACAGUACAAAUCGAUUUUCUCACGCCGAGAUCCGAGUCGCGUUCGACUCUAGUGACAACAGUGCGAGUCCCGGAUCCAAGCCUGCAGUUCGGCAUUAUUCACCAGCGCUUCUUUGUGGCCCUUCGAGCACAGGCCAAAUCACGAAGUCGAUCAGCGUUUCCCCGUCUAUCACCACUCCCACUGCACCAGUUCAGAUCGGGAUUGAGGUGCCAAUGACUCGAUCAACCACCGUGGCACGAGACUUUCAGAUGAAAAUUGUCGGUGAGCCAUGGGCUAGCGACGAGGAUGCAGAAGACGACGAUAUGGUGAGAUGGAAGGUCGAUGAAAAUUAUGCUCAAGCCGAUGGUGUUCCGACAGAUUUGAAGACUGCCGUGUUGGUCCAGCACACAGGGGAGGCAUUCCAUGCGACAGUCCACAUCAAAGCUCGGACGAGAAUGGGAAUAUCACUGUUCGGCUGGCCUUGGUCGAAACCAACACCUCUCGUCGUCUCGAACAAAUCCAGUUUUGGCGCAGCAGUUUUGCCAGAGGACUUUAGUACUCUUGAGGAACAUCAUUGGCUACAAUUGACAGAGUUCCACGGACGCGUAGCGAGAAUCCGUGUCUCGGAUACUUCGAAGGAGAAGUUAUGCUGA